AUGGCUCAGAAGAGACCAAACGUUAGCAAGCUAUUCAUGACGCGAGGCAUCGUCAAACUUCUUAAGCGUUCAAAAAUUGGUUUAUUUCUUUCUCCAUUUCUUUGCUCCUUACUUUGUUUCUUUCUUUCUUUCUUUCUUUCUUUCACUCUUAAACAUGCCCCUCUCUAUCUUUUCUCAGCUUUAUUGUUCUUUCUCACUUUUUCUUCUCUUUCCCUUCUCUCUCUCUCCGUCUCUCUCUCUCUCCGUCUCUCUCUCUCUCUCUCUCUCUCUCUCUCUUUCUUUCUUUCUCUCUCUGUUCCUUACACUAAAUCAGAAUGUUUUCCCCUCUCAUAUUUUAUCUCUUUCUCUUUAUUGUUUUCCUCCCCAAAUAUCAUCAUUUGUUUCGAUACCCUCCCUCACUGUCUCUAUCUGCCACUCCCUCCAUUUCUCCCUUUAGCAACAGAAUCAUCUUUCUUUCUAACACUUUAUCUGUUUCAUUUAUUCUUUUUCUUUUACAAUCUCUCCUUUUACUUUCUUUCUCAUUCUCACGGCAACACACAUUUUCAUUCGUACUAUCUUUUUAUAAUCUUUUAUAAUCUUUCUAACUCCUCUCUCUCUCUCUCUCUCUCUCUCUCUUCUAUCUCCGUUACUUUCUUUUGUUUACUCAUUCUUUGUCUCGCUUUCUCUUUCCAUUUCUCUCGUCUCUUCCUUCCUCGCUCCCUCUCAAAUCACCAUUCUUCUUCUUCUUCUUUCUUCUUCUUCUUCUUCUUCUUCUUCUUCUUCUCUCUUCUUCUUCUUCUUUUCCACCUCCUCCUCCUUCUUCUUCUUCUUCUUCUUCUUCUUCUUCUUCUUCCACCUCCUCCUCCCUUCUCCUUUCUUCUUUUUUUGUCGUUGCUUCUUUUGUCGUUCUCCUUCUUCUUCUUCUUCUUCUUCUUCUUCUUCUUCUCCACCUCCUCCUCCUUCUCUUCUUCUUCUUCUUUUUGUCGUUGCUCUUCUCGUCUUUCUCCUUCUUCUUCUUCUUCUUCUUCUUCUUCUUCUUCUUCUCUUAUUAUUCUUAUUUUUGUCGUUAUUAGUUCUCGUCUUUCUCCCUCCUUCUUUUUUUUUUUUCUUCUUCUUCUCAGCAUUCUUCCUAAUUAUUCUUGUUCUUCUUCUUUCUUCUUCUUCUCCACUUGUCUCCUCCUUCUCUUUCUUUUGUCGUUGCUUCUUCAAUUUCUUCCUGUAACAAUUCUUCUUUCUUCUUCUUCUUCUUCUUCUCCACCUCCUCCUUCUUCUUCUUCUUUUUGUUUGCUCUUCCCUCGUUUUCUCUUCUCGUCUUUCUCCUUCUUCUUCUUCUUCUUCUUCUUCUUUUUUUUUGUCGUUGCUUCCACCUCCUCCUCCUUCUGUUCUUCUUUUUUGUCGUUGCUCUUCUCGUCCCUUUCUUCCUUCUUUUUCGUUGCUCUUCUCCUCCUUUCUCCUUCUUCUUCUUCUUCUUUUUCUCUUCUGCUUUCUUAUUAUUCUUACAUUCUUCCUGUAGCAAUUUUCUUCUUCUUUCUUCUUUUCUUCUUCUUUCUUCUUCUUCUUCUUCUUCUUCUUCUUCUUCCACUUCUUCUUCUUAUUAUUAUUAUUUUGUCGUUGCUAUUCUUAUUAUUUUUCCUUCUUUUCUUCUUCUUUGUCUCCUCCUCCCUCUCUUUUUCUCGUUCUUCUUCUUGUCGUUGCUCUUCCUGUCUUUCUCCUUCUUCUUCUUCUUCUUCUUCUUCUUCUUCUUCUUCUUCUUCUUCUUCCUCCUCCUCCUUCUCCUUCUUCUUCUUCUUCUUCUUUUUGUCGUUGCUCUUCUCGUCUUUUCCUUCUUCUUCUUCUUCUUCUUCUUCCCACCUCCUCCUCCUUCUCUUCUUCUUCUUCUUUUUGUCAUUUGCUCUUCUCGUCUUUCUCCUUCUUCUUCUUCUUCUUCUCCACCUCCUCCUCCUUCUUCUUCUUCUUCUUUUUCGUUGCUGUUCGUUUUUCCCUUCUUUCUUUCUUCUUCUUCUUCUUCUUAUUAUUAUUAUUAUUAUUAUUAUUCAAUUCUUCUUCUUCUUCUUCUUCUUCUUCUUCUUCUUCUUCUUCUUCUUCUUCUAG